CCGGUGCGGGCGGGGUCAGCCGCCCCCACCGCCUCCCGCCGCCGCCCGGGGAGCGGCGCUGCGGCCCGAGCGCUGAGGGGCGGCCUCGCCUCCGCGCCCGCUCGGCGGCCGGCCCCGGGGCGGGGGCGGGCAGAGCCCUACGCUGCGCCGAGCAUGCGAGUGCCGCCGGGGCAGGCUGCAGCGGCCGCGGGGCGUCUGCGGCGGCCGGCCGGAGCCGGGGGAGGCGGCGGGCCGGGGCGGCGGAGCCAUGCUGCUGGCCUCGGCCGUGGUGGUGUGGGAAUGGCUGAACGAGCACGGGCGGUGGCGGCCCUACAGCCCGGCCGUCAGCCACCACAUCGAGGCGGUGGCCCGCGCCGGGCCGCGGGCGGGCGGCAGCGUGGUGCUGGGCCAGGCCGACAGCCGCCUGGCGCCCUACAUCAUCGACCUGCAGUCCAUGCACCAGUUCCGCCAGGACACCGGCACUAUCCGCCCUGUCCGGCGCAGCUACUAUGACCCAUCAUCAGCACCGGGCAAGGGAGUCGUGUGGGAGUGGGAGAAUGACAGUGGGUCGUGGACACCCUAUGACAUGGACGUGGGCAUCACCAUCCAGCGUGCCUACGAGAAACAGCACCCCUGGGUGGACCUGAGUGCCAUUGGCUUCUGCUAUGUCAUCGACUUUGCCACCAUGGGCCAGAUCAACCGGCAGACCCAGCGCAAGCGCCGCGUCCGCCGCCGCCUUGACAUGGUCUACCCACUGGUCUCCGGCACCCUGCCCAAGUCACAGUCCUGGCCGGCCAGCCCUGGGAUGGCAGCGGCCCCCCCAGUCCCUGCCUGCGCCUGUCCCCAGUGCCUCCUGGUCAUGAGCGUCAAAGCCACUGUGUCAGCUGCUGGCUCUGGCACUGCCACCCUGCAGCCCCGCAAAGCCCCCCCUGCACCACCCACCACCCCCAAAGCCCCGGUGGCGGCCCCAGGGGCCAAGGUGCCCGACAGUAUGGCUGCGGUGCGUGGCUCCUUGAAGCCACUGGCAGCCCAGGGGGGCCGGCGGCAGGCAGCCAGCACGCCCACCUUGAGCUCGGCCAGCUCCACUGCCAGCCCGCCCGCCGUGGGCAGCAGCAAGGCAUCUCGUCCCGGCCUCAGCACCCUGAACCGCAGCCACCUCCAGCGCCUGGCCAUCGCCCAGUCCCGGGUGCUCAUUGCCUCUGGGGUCCCCACCGUCCCUGUGAAGAACCUCACUGGCUCCAGCCCUGUCAACCCAGCACUGGCAGGGAUCACGGGGAUCCUAAUGAGUGCAGCCGGGCUGCCCGUCUGCCUGACACGGCCCCCCAAGCUGGUGCUGCACCCCCCGCCUGUCAGCAAAAGCGAGAUCCAGUCCAUCCCUGGCAUCUCCCACACCUGCCGCAAGACCACCAAGAAACAGGCCAAGAAGGGUAAAACUCCAGAGGAGGUACUGAAAAAAUACCUGCAGAAGGUGCGGCAUCCGCCGGAUGAGGACUGCACCAUCUGCAUGGAGCGCCUCUCUGCACCCUCCGGCUACAAGGGACCCCAGCCAGCCGUCAAACCUGACCUUGUGGGGAAGCUGGUGAAAUGUGGCCACGUCUUCCACCUCCACUGCCUGGUCGCCAUGUACAACAAUGGCAACAAGGAUGGGAGCCUGCAGUGUCCCACCUGCAAAACCAUCUAUGGAGUGAAGACUGGGACACAGCCCCCGGGGAAGAUGGAGUAUCACAUCAUCCCUCAUGCGCUGCCUGGCCACUCUGACUGCAAAACCAUCCGUAUCAUCUACAACAUCCCUCCGGGGGUGCAGGGACCCGAGCAUCCAAACCCUGGGAAGAGCUUCACCGCCCGCGGCUUUCCCCGGCACUGCUACCUACCAGACAGUGAGAAGGGCAGAAAGGUACUGAAGUUGUUGCUGGUAGCCUGGGACCGGCGCUUGAUCUUCUCUGUUGGGACCUCCAGCACCACAGGCGAGUCAGACACGGUGAUCUGGAACGAGAUCCACCACAAGACAGAGUUUGGCUCCAACCUCACUGGCCAUGGCUACCCUGACAUCAACUACCUGGACAAUGUCUUGGCCGAGCUUGCAGCCCAGGGCAUCACGGAGGAGAGCCUGGCACAGGAGAAGGACUGAGACCAUGGCAGGGAGGCAAGGGAAGGGGCGCCUGUGGUGCCCACCCUGAGGAUAAAGCUGCUGGAGAAGCCCCCCUGGGGGCUUCGCGGGGGCACCUGGAGCCCCCCCUACUCUCAGUGGAGCCUGCCCAGUGGGAGCAUCCCCAGACUGGCUGGGAAUGUGGGAGAAGGUCCUUUUGGCCAUCCCCUUCACUCCCGUGGGGAGGGGGUCUCCCCCCACAGAGCUGCGGGGCUUCAUGCUGGCCUGGCUGUCCCCUCUGGCCGUUGUCCUAUCCCCACUGCUGCUGUGCUGAGGGCUUGCAGGUGGCCAGACUCCCCCUGCUCCUCAUCCAUUGGCCUGGCCCGACACCCCUGACACCCCCCUGGGGCUGGGACCUGGCCUGGGAUGGGAGCAGGGUCCAUGGGAGCCCCCCUCGCUCUGCCUCGUCCCUCAUGUUUGUCCUGUCUGGUACCUCCCCACUGGUCUCCUGUGUCCGCAGAGGUGGGGGGAGGGCCUGGUCUGCCUCAGCCGGAUCCCCCCAUCCCCGUGCCCCCUUCUCCUCUUGGCUGUGUCUGAGCUGUGGCCUGCCAGGGUCCUCUCGUCUGGGCUGCCCCCCAUCCCUGUGCUGGGGAGGGGCCGGUGGGUGGUCGGAAGGGGGGCGGGGGCGGGGGGGCAUGUUUCCUAGCCUGUCUCCCACCCUGCCUGUAGUGGGUUCCUUGAACUGUUCGUAUGGGGGCGUCCCCACGUUGAAUUUUUAUAUACCUCGUGUUUUGGGGUUUUGUCGUAUAUAUGUACAUAUAGGCGGUGGUGCUUCAGGAGGUGGCCCAGGGCCUGGGAGAAUGUGAUGCUGUGGCCAGACUGGGGGCUGAGCCCAGUGGUGCGUGGGGGGGGGUGGGGUGGUGGGACAGGGGCAGCACCGCUCCCCUACUGUGGGGACCCCCUCCACCCUGAAGGGGGUCAGUGCCCAUGGCGGGGGCUGGCGCCCGUGGGUGCGGGUGUGGGUGGGAACCAUUCCCCUUUCUGCUGGGUCCCGUCCCCGGGGUUGGCAGUGGGUUGGUGGUGGUUUUGGAAUGGGGGUUGGUGUGGGGAGGGUAGUGUGGGCGAUGGGGGCAGGGGAUGGGUUGCAUGCCAUCUUUGGGUCCCUGCCAACCCCUGGGGGAUUUCACAGGGCCGCUCAGAGCCACCCGUAUCAGUGUCCCCACAGCUCUGGGGGCUGCCCUCAGGGCACUCUAGCUGUUGGUGGGGGCUGACUACGCUCAUGCUCCUGUCCUGCAAGACAGCCCCCCAACCCCCCCCACCCCCCCCGGGACUGAAGAGCAGAGGGGGGGCAGCCCCCACCACUGCCCAGGCUGCCCCCAGCCCUCCCUGUUGCUCCCUGGGAGUCUGGGGCUUCCUAGCCUGUUCUGUUGCAUUCCCUUCCCAGUUUUCCUGGGGGGGGUGGGGGUGGGGGGUGGGUUGUCACCUCACACUCUGUCCCAGGGGAUAGUGGCACGAGAGGGGGACCUGUCCUGCUGUGCAUUGUUCUGUUGUUGCUGUUUUUUCUCCCCCCAGCCUGGGGGGUGCAUUGCCCCAGCUGGCUGCCCUGUGGGGGUAGGGGGGUGUCAAUAAAGCGGAUGGCAGGGGAUGCUUGUGUCCCUGCA